GUUACUGAGAAGAGCUUGACCUCCUUGUCAUCACAGGCACUUUUACUGUACCUCAAUAGAGUUUAUCAGAAUGAAGAUAAUAACAUUAAUAUUGUGACCGUCAAUAUUCUGUUCAGCAAUAUUAACAGAAGCCUAAAAUGUCGGUAAAUCGUUGUAUUUACUUAUUGUCGCGCUCCCACAUCCGAUACCGGGUCUGUGCUAGCACAAGCCUCUCUACUGUUUCUUCACCAAGCACAACACAGCAUUUAACAAGAAGGACAUUUAACAAACUAUCCACUAGACAUUCAUCUUCAGGCUCGUCAAGACCGCUGGACACCUCGCUGUUUAUUCCGCUCGCCGUCAAAACUGAUGAAGACGCGGAGGGAUCAGUCGGCGCGGAGCUGACGAAGCCCCUGGAUAAAAGUGAGCUUCUCAAAGUGUUGAAUAGAUUCUACAAAAGGAAAGAGAUGCAAAAACUGGCUUCUGACCAAGGACUUGACGCUCGUCUCUUUCAUCAAGCAUUCGUUAGUUUUAGGAAAUAUGUGUUGGAAAUGAACUCACUAAAUGCUGACUUGCACAUCAUCCUUAAUGACAUCUGUUGUGGAGCUGGUCACAUAGAUGAUAUUUUCCCGUACUUUAUGAGACACGCCAAACAGAUUUUUCCAAUGUUGGACUGUAUAGAUGAUUUACGAAAGAUCAGUGACUUACGAGUUCCAGCAAAUUGGUAUCCAGAGGCCAGAGCUAUUCAAAGAAAGAUAGUUUUUCAUGCAGGACCCACCAACAGUGGUAAAACCUAUCAUGCCAUUAAAAGAUACUUAGAAGCCAAAUCUGGAGUUUACUGCGGACCUCUAAAGCUGCUGGCCCAUGAAAUCUAUGAGAAGAGCAAUGCUGCGGGAGUGCCGUGCGAUCUGGUGACAGGAGAAGAAAGAAUAUUCGUUGAUCCAGAAGGAAAACCAUCUGGCCACAUCGCCUCUACCAUAGAGAUGUGCAGUGUCACAACUCCAUAUGAAGUGGCUGUGAUUGACGAGAUUCAGAUGAUCAAGGAUCCUGCCAGAGGCUGGGCUUGGACAAGAGCUCUUCUUGGUCUGUGUGCUGAGGAGAUUCACGUGUGUGGAGAAGCAGCAGCUGUGGACUUCAUCACUGAGCUUAUGUUCACCACUGGAGAAGAGGUGGAGGUUCAUAAUUAUAAGAGGCUGACCCCUUUUUCAAUCUCGAAUCAUGCUGUGGAAUCAUUAGAUAACCUGAAGCCUGGCGACUGCAUUGUGUGCUUCAGCAAAAAUGACAUCUACUCAAUCAGCCGACAGAUAGAAAUUCGUGGCUUGGAGUGUGCCGUCAUUUAUGGCAGUUUGCCUCCUGGCACCAAGUUGGCUCAAGCAAAAAAGUUUAAUGAUCCAGAUGACCCUUGCAAAAUCCUUGUUGCCACAGAUGCCAUUGGAAUGGGUUUGAAUCUGAGUAUCAGGAGAAUCAUCUUCAACUCUUUGGUGAAACACAGUCUGAAUGAGAAGGGGGAGAAGGAGGUGGACACUAUCUCCACAUCACAGGCGCUGCAGAUCGCUGGCCGAGCGGGACGCUUCAGCUCUGUGUUUAAAGAGGGGGAGGUCACCACCAUGCACAGGGAUGACCUUCCUGUUCUGAAGGAGAUCUUGGGGAAGCCUGUUGACCCCAUAGCAACUGCAGGAUUACACCCCACAGCAGAGCAGAUAGAGAUGUUUGCCUACCAUCUUCCACAAGCGACUCUCUCAAACCUCAUUGAUAUAUUUGUAAGUCUUUCACAAGUGGAUGGUCUUUACUUUGUCUGCAACAUAGAUGACUUCAAAUUCUUAGCAGAUAUGAUUCAACACAUCCCUCUAAAUCUGCGCUCCCGCUAUGUGUUCUGCACAGCCCCCAUCAACAAAAAACAGCCUUUUGUUUGUACAUCCUUUCUCAAGUUCGCCAGACAGUUCAGCAGAGACGAGCCUCUGACAUUCAACUGGGUGUGUCGACAAGUCAAUUGGCCCUUGUCCCCUCCCAAAAACAUCAAGGACCUGGUUCACCUGGAGGCUGUCCAUGAUGUUCUAGAUCUUUACCUCUGGCUCAGCUAUCGUUUUAUGGACAUGUUCCCGGAUGCCAACCACAUCCGUGAAAUUCAGAAGGAACUGGACGAAAACAUCCAGAUUGGUGUUCGUAACAUCACACGGCUUAUCCGUGUCACUGAUAGUCAACCUACAGACACAGAAUCCAACAGUUCAUCCACGGUUCCUGUAUCAGAGAUGCCACAGAGGAAGGGACGAGUACUGAAAAGCCAAAGUCAAAGAAAAGAGCUGCCUAGGAAGUCUUCGCUCAGCUCGAGGCUGUUGCGAGACGGACUGCUGACAAAAGAGCUGUUACAGCAGCUGCAGAAAGAAUGGGCUCGAGAGCAGGGUCAAAACGAAGACAAGUCCAUUCCAGUAAUUAAUGGGAAAAGAAAGAAAAAGUGAACGCUUUUUUUGUGUAAGAUGGACUUAUUUGAUAAAAGUAAGUAUGUACUGAUGAUGUUCUGAACUGGAAGUCUCUUCAUUUCUGGAGCAUCUACUUUACACUAUAUAUAUAACACCACAAUUUUCAAACAGAGCAUCAAAUUGAGGCCUGUACUAACCUGUACAAUUUUAGAUGUGACAAUAAAAUAAUAUUGAUAUUUUUAAAA